UAAAUAAGCCAUUGUAAGGGGAUCAUUUGCGACUAUUAGCAUUUCCACGUUGUCUGUCUCUUUACUAAGGAUUUGCCUCUUUCAAAGUCAAUUUUCACCAUGGGCAAAGUAACUGUUGGUUAUUGGGAUAUUCGUGGCCUUGCAGAACCUAUCAGGUAUUUGUUACAUUUCAAAAAUGUUCUAUUUGAAGAUAAGAGAUACCAGUUUGGUGAUAGCACUUGGGAAAAGGAAAUGUUUACCUUAGGCUUGGAUUUUCCAAAUUUGCCUUAUUAUAUUGAUGAUAAAGUAAAGUUAACUCAGUGCACCACUAUUUUGAGAUACUUGGCAGAAAAGUAUGGCAUGGAUGGCAAAACGGAAGAAGACAAAUUGCGAGUUUCUUUAUCUGAGCAGCAAAUCAUCGACUUUCGUAUGAAGUUUUUCGCGACCUUACUUACUGCGGAUUUUGAGAAAACAAAGAAGGAAUAUUUGGAAAAAGUGCCUGAUCAGUUGAAGCUUAUUUCUGCAUUCCUAGGAAAUCGUAAAUUUCUUGCUGGAGAUUAUUUAACUUACGUUGAUUUCAUGGCUUAUGAUACUUUCGACUUUAACGUCCUGCUUUCACAGAACAUUUUAGACCAUUUUCCUGCACUGAAAGCAUAUCAUGAACGUAUUAGGAACCUUCCUGAAUUGGAAGACUAUUUCAAUUCAACAACCUACGUAAGAUGGCCUAUAGUUGCCCCAUUUGCUGCUUGGGGUGGUAAAAUUGAGGAUGUUAAAUCAGAACCUCUUGAAGAUCAACCAACAAAAUGUGAUGGAGCUAUUUAAGUAUUCGAAAGAGGUCUGACUUAGUGCAACUUUCUAGAACUUUCUAAAUUUUGCUCAAUUGACUGUUUUAAAGGAAAAGAAUUGUAUCGUGGCUAAACUGCUAUGGAAUUUUUAUGUAAUUUAAAAAUUUAGUUCAUCAAAUCUUCGGUUUUCUAAAAAUGAACUUUGAAGGAACUAUAUCGAAUCUAAAUAUGCGGUUUCUAAAUAUUAUUCACCAGACUGAAUCAAAAUAAACUUUAACGCAUCUU